GUUUCACCCUGGAUUUUGUCCUGACUGUUUCCUGGCGAAAAACGAGCAACUUCUUGAGAUUUAACAGCCUUAAUUGAAGCGUCUAAGUUCAAAUGUUUGGUUCAGGCUGCCGAGUUUUUAAAAAGUUUUCAAAGUACCCCGUGUCUGUCUUGCCGAGUUUGCUAACGCUAGCUUAAGGAAGCAGUCCUUCUGUUUUGACAGCUACGUCAGAGUUUGACUAACUUCACGGUAAGAUUAAUGCGAUGGAGAGUUCGUUGGUGAAAGACAACCCACUGCUUUUACCUCUCAACAAGGAGAAAACUGUAUAUGACGGAUUCAUCACAGUCCAGGAACGAGACUUCAGAUUGAGGAUACUUCUCCCACCAGAUCGCCAACUUAAACGGGCCAGGCUGCACUGCUGUUGGCAGUUAAAACACCUGUUGCAUGGGUAUGAGCACAUAGUGAAGCAGAGGCUGCAGCAGUCGGCUGAUCUUGUCAGUUUCAUUCUGGAGCUGAAGACCGUCUUGGAAGUGGGUCUGAAGAGCCGUCCUGAAUGCCGCUCCAUCCCGCCUCCACAGUAUUACUCUCAGCUCAUCUGUGAGAUGGAGACCCUUGGGUGGGGCAAGCUGCUCUUCAUAGACACAGAGUUCCGAACGUUGAGACUGAAGGCAGAGGACUCCUCUGGAAGGCAGCACACUCUCACUAUUAAACUCAAGUCGAAGCACCCUGCAGAGGCUCCUGAAUGUUCAGCCGACCUGCCAGUCCCUCUGACCAUAACCUGGACACCACAGAGUACUCUGGAGCAGCUCCACAGUCAGUUCCUGCUGGUUUUGGAGUCCCUGACCGAGUUCUGGGACGUCCUAGACGAGAUUGACAGUAAGACCUGGAUUCUGGAGCCAGAGAAACCCAGCCGUUCUGACACCAUGAGGCGGAUCGCUAUCGGAAACAACGUAUCCAUCAAAGUGGAGCUGGAUCCCAGACACCCUAAGAUGCUGCCAGAGUGCUGCCUGCUGGGAGCCGAGCACGUGGUGACUCCGCUGAGGAAUAAGCUGAACGCCAAUAUGCACUUGUGGAACCUGGACUCCAGCGUCUUGCACAACCUCCGGGAUGUUUUGGAGAUCGAAUUCCCGUCACCUGCCACCCACGAAAAAUCUAGCUUCAGCGUUGAGUGUGGGAUAUGUUACUCCUACCGUCUUGAAGCUGCGAUCCCUGAUCAGGUGUGUAAUGACCCUCGCUGUGGCCAACCCUUCCACCAGGCCUGUCUGUAUGAGUGGCUGCGAGCGCUCCCUUCCAGCAGGCAGAGCUUCAACAUUGUUUUUGGAGAGUGUCCUUACUGCAGCAAGCCUAUUACUGUGAAAAUGGCGGCCCAGAAGUCCUGAGAAGGACGUUGUGUUCCUGUCAGCACCGUCUCAACUUUGUGAAACAGCUUGGAAGAUAGUGCUGCAACUCAAGGGAUGCACCCCUCUAUCAGCCAAACGU